UUUAGUUUUUUCCUCCCUCUGCAGGAUGAAGACUCGCGGCGCGACUACGACUACAUGCUGGACCAUCCUGAGGAAUACUACCAGCACUACUACGCCUACUACCGCCGCCGCCUCGCCCCCAAGGUCGACGUCAGGAUCGUCAUCCUGGUCACCAUCUGCGCCAUCUCUGCCAUCCAGUACGUCAGCUGGUGCAGCAGCUACAACAAGGCCAUCAACUACCUGGUGACCGUCCCAAAGUACCGCAUCCAGGCCAUGGAGAUCGCCAAGCAGCAGGGCCUGCUCAGCCGCACCAAGGAGAAGGGCAAGAACCGGCGCUCCAAGGAGGAGAUCCGCGAGCAGGAAGAGGAAGUGAUCCGUGACAUCAUCAAGAACAAGAUCGACAUCAAGGGCGGCUACCAGAAGCCGAGCCUGUCGGACAUCCUGCUGUGCCAGAUGGCGCUGUUCCCCUUCUACCUGAGCCGCUACGUGGCCUGGUACGCCCGCUGGGUGUACCGCUUCACCGUCUGCCGGGAGGAGUACGGCGAGGAGGAGAAGCUCUACCUCAUCAGGAGGAACAUGAAGCUGCCGCAGGCGCAGUUCGACAGUCUGGAGGAAAACACCAAGCAGACGUUCCUGGAGAAGCAGCUGUGGCUCCGAGAAAACUACGAGGCCUACAGGAAGGAGCGCGAGGAGGAGAUGAAGGCGAAGCUGGCGACCGACCCGAAGAUGAAGCGGUACCGCCGCUGGAUGAAGAACGAAGGCCCGGGCCGGCUGACCUUCCCAGAAGACUGAGGGCGGCGCCGCCCAUCCAGAACCAAAACACCUGCCUCAGCGCCGGCUCAACGCCCGACCCGGUCCGACCCGAUCCGGCCCGGCGCCGGCGSACUCCAGCCCGGCUGUUUGCAGCCGUCGCUACAGAUAUUUUCCUACAGACGCGCCUCAGACUGACUGAAGUUUGACGUAUUUCUGUAAUCCAACAUUUUUACCCCAUUAAAAGAAGCAGAUCAAGUCUAUAUUUAAGAUUAAACGACGUUUGUGAUGAUUGUGUUAUUUCCUCCACAUUUCAGCCUUUUAAGCCUGAAACAUAAAUAUAAGUGUCCUUUAAAAAGGCAGCAACAAAUAACCUCCUGCUGCUGGUGAAGCCGUUAAAGACRUGAAUGUUUUUCUGUGGUGCCUGCAGUACCGCAGCGUUCCUCCGGGGGCGAUGGCGAGUCGCUGCGGCGGCUGUGCUGCUUUCUGUUCGCCAUUGUUUAACGGCUAUGCAAUGUGAUGGUUAACGCGACAAAGUGGCCAAAGUUUAGAAGGAGCGAAACGUUUUUAGGAAACGGUUGAAUAAAGAUGGUUUCGGUGUUUUAAAGCACCAACAGAAGUUCUGGUGUAGAAAAUGGAUCCGUUUUCACUGGGAUCUGGUCUGAUUGGGCUGAUUACAAACAGAAAUAAAAAGUUUACAAUGACAUGGUAAUAAACUGUAUUUAUUCAGAUUAGCUGAAUAUGUAAAUCCAGAUCAAGACAUUGUUUAUAAGAACUGUUGGGUCGUUUUAUAUCAACAUUGUUCCUAUAAAUCCUGUUUAUCUGUUGGAUUAAAAAUAAAAUCAGAUUUUUUUUCA